GCCAAAAAUGUUCUUUCUGUUGGAGUUGACGCCUAUCCUCUAAUAGCACACGCUGCCACUAGCACGGGUUCAGAAUUCCUGCAUUCUGUUGGUGUAAGCGAUGAUACCAUAGAUGUUCUGGUCCGUCAGCCUCCUGUCGUCUUCAAUAAAGCUGCCCAUGCUCGCCCAGUGAUGAGCUCGAUAUCCUGUUUGACUGACCGCGUGGCUACUCAAGAGCAAGCAAGUCUGACGGAGGCGCCCAUUACACGUAGCCAAGCUUCUCAGGCUUCCGAAGAGAAACGCUACACUGUAGAGCAUGGUGUUAGCACGGAUGAACCGCCGACUCGUGUGCAUCGGGCUACAGAUACUGAACAACAACACACAGCCCAGUCGUCCUUUGGAGUGCAGACGCCGGCCGAUUUGCUGGAUAAGUUUGUUUCUCGAGAAGCUGUUGAACAAGCGAAUCGCAUUUUGGAGGAGCAGUGGGCACAUUAUCGUAAUGGCUUAGUCAGUACUGCAGUCAGCACACUUCCUACACCGCGCCUUAUCACUGUUGGAGUUUCCACAUUGCUAGAUAAAGGCAAUAUGAUUUCACAGGCCGUGGAUGCUACUGAUUCUAAUCUCCUGCUCAGCCUGUUCGAUCGAAAUAUUCGGGAAUACGAAGGACUUCGUCUUAACAGACAAGUCGCUAAGGCUGCGCAGACGACCAGGUCAAAUGCUGUUAAUUCUUUGAAUUCGGUUUGA